AUGCUUACCGAGAGCUUUCUGGCAGCUACCCUAACUGCAAAUAAAGCGCCGGCACACACCAGCGCCGCCUUGAAGGAUGUAGGCAUCUUCCUCCACGAGGCGCAGCCUCAAAGCACCUUUCGACACGGGUACAAGAAGAGUUCCAGUCAACCCGGUUGCGUUGCCAUCAGUGACUCUCACAUCUUCGCCGCACAAGCCGAUAAGGCGGUCGUCCAUGUCUACAGUCGCGAGCGAGGGAAUCAGGAGGCCACUGUGCCCUUUCCCGAGAGACUGCAUAGUCUAGUGUUCGCUCGAGGAGCGGCAAUCUUGAUUCUCGGGACGGAGGCAGGCAAAUUGUUGCUGUGGGAGGUGGCCACCGGCCGACUGACCACCUCUGUGGCGGCGCACCUUCAACCUGUCUCCUCUCUCUGCAUUACCCCCGACAACAAAUACAUCAUCUCUGCAUCCGCCGACACAAGUGUCCACGUUUGGUCGUUAGCACAACUCAUCUCUUUCUUGCAGCUGGGAGGCACUUACGGGGCCGAAGACACCUCCAAAUCACCUGUUCGCACUUUUGCCGCACAUAGGACGGCUGUGACUGCAGCUGCUUGCGGCCACUCGGAGAUCACGACGAACUUUGCCAUCACCUCCUCCGAAGAUGGGACCUGCUACAUCUGGCAUGUCGAGACUGGUCAGAUUCUCCGGACGAUAUUACUGCCAAUUGCGGCCAUGUGCGUGGCGGUUGAUCCUGCGGAUAGGGUGAUGUAUUUCGGUGGGAAAGAUGGGCAGAUUCAUGCCUGGGACGUUUUCCGGCAUUCUGAGAUAAGCCCGGUUUCGAACCUCGACCCGGCUGCAAUCGCACCCAUACAACUAUCGGCAAAAGAUGGCUGGGCCGCGCCGACGAAGGACAUCGGUGCUGCGAACUGCUUGACGUUGUCUUACGAUGGCACCUCCCUCCUCUCAGGACAUUCCAGUGGCGCCGUGAUUCGCUGGGACGUGGCCAAGCAUCGAAUCCUGAAUGAAGUGGCCAACCUUGGCCAGCCUGUCACGAACAUCGAGAUGCUCGAUCCUACCGGCUUCGCCAACCAGAAGCGGCCCGGAUAUAGUGUCGUCAAUAUCGUCAAACCAAACCUCGAGUUUGCAUCAUUGUCUGAAAAUGGAACUUGUGGUGUGUCCGCCAAGUACAACCUCAAUACCAUGAUCACUCGGCCGAAUUCUGCACGGCAGAACGAGCACGACGACAUCGACAAUGCCAUCACCGGCCCGGGCAUCUCUAGCACCCUGCUCGAUGCGGCUUUACGUGCCCUCGGCUCUGGCUCGGGCUCUGGCAGAGGUCUGAUCCAAUCAACGACAACCGACGACGCGGAAAAGGUCCAGGUGGAGAAGCUGGAAGAAGAAGUUUCCAAGCUGAAACAGCAAAUUGCCGCAUUUCGCCGUGUCGAGGAGAAAAGAAAGGACAAACGGCUGAAGAGGAUGAUGGAAAGAGAAAACAUCGACACCAAAAUGCGCGAUGCUUAUUUUGCAGCGGUCAAAAAGAGCAAAGAUGGCGACGAGGCCGUGAAGAAAUGGCAGCAGCAAAAAAAGGCCAUCGACGCUGACAGUGAUCGAGACUAUCUUGACGACGAAAUGGACUUGACCUGA